GACAUGCCGAGGCUCAAGGACAUUGAAAACAAUAUUAACUUCUAAUCUCGACUCUACAUAAUCUCUAGUGUAAGAGAGAAAGAUAAAAAAGGAGGCUGAUCUAGAUAAAAAAGGCUGAGAGUCUAAUGGAACUGAAGAGGAGAGGAGAAAUCGACAGGUGGAACUGUUAUAGCAGCAAGAACUGCUUUGUUUUUCAGUGCAGCCAUCUUGUUUUGCCGAUGGCCAAUUGUCUCCACUGAGGGAAAACAGCAGUUGACAGACUAUUUCUCAUACCCUCCCUGUGGAAUGUUCUAGAACUCAGUCCUUCCUUUUUUUUCUUUUUGCCCUGAAGCGGCACAACUGAUCAACUGAUAUUUUCCAUUCCUCUCCUAAUAAACUGGAAAAAACAAACUCCCCUCGGCCAAGGAGGCAGUUUUUUUCAGAUGGCUAUGGCUAACAGGCACAACCAGAGACAUUAAUCUUUGGAGAAGGUAGGUGUGUGAGGACUUGAUCCCCCUGGGAGAAGCAUCACCUGGCAGGCAUGGGUAGGUGGAGAGCGCCAUGUCUGUGACCCACCUGGAGCUGGAGCUGAGCUACGAGGGCGGGAGGUUGAGGGGCUUCACCUGUAAGCUGACACGCUGCGCCCAGGGCUACGUGCCCGAGACAGCGGCCCACAUUGCCGCCCAGGUGCUGCUGCCGUACCUGCUGGCGGGGCUGGGCAUGGUGGGGGCAGGGAGGCUCAUGGACACCGUGCAACACUGGGACGUCUUUAAGGAGAUCUCGGAGGUGUUUAUCUUGGUGCCGGCCCUUGUGGGACUGAAGGGAAACCUGGAGAUGACCCUGGCUUCUCGACUCUCCACUGCAGCCAACACAGGGCAGCUGGAUGACCCGAAGCAGCAGUGGAGAAUGGUGUGCAGCAACCUGGCUCUCAUUCAGGUGCAGGCCACAGUGGUGGGUCUGCUGGCGGCGGUGGGUGCGGUGGCUCUGGGCGCAGUGGGCAGAGGGAGCGUGCAGCUGGGGCAUGCAGCCGUGCUCUGUGCCAGCAGCGUGAGCACAGCCUUCAUCGCAGCCCUGUGUCUGGGGCUGGUGAUGAUCGGUGUGAUCAUUGGCUCACGGAAGGUUGGCAUCAACCCAGACAACGUGGCCACCCCUAUUGCUGCCAGUCUCGGGGACCUCAUUACCCUCUCUAUACUGGCUUGGGUCAGCAGCUUCCUCUUCCAGGUCAAAGAGAUGUGGUACCUGUCCCCCAUCGUGUGUGGAUUCUUCCUGUCGCUAAUCCCACUCUGGCUAUCCAUCGUCCACAGCAGCCCACCAAUGACAGAGGUGCUGCAGUCUGGGUGGCAGCCUGUCAUCUUGGCCAUGUCAAUCAGCAGCAUUGGUGGGUUGAUUCUGGAUAAGACCAUCAGUGAUCCAAACUACGAGGGCAUGGCUGUCUUCACACCAGUCAUGAAUGGUGUCGGGGGAAACCUGGUUGGCAUCCAGGCCAGCCGCAUCUCCACCUACCUGCAUUUCUGGAGUGUUCCGGGAGUUCUCCCCCAUGAGAUGAGGCAGCACUGGCCUGACCCCUGCAUGACCUUCUGCAUGUCAGGGGUGAACUCCACCUCAGCCCAGGUUCUUAUGGUCUUGGUGGUCCCAGGCCACCUGGUCUUUCUCUACACCAUCUACCUGCUGCAGGGGGGGCACGUGUCAAUCACACCCACUUUCACCUGCUGCUACCUGUGUGCUGCCCUCUUACAGGUGGUGAUCCUGUUGUACAUGGCGGACCUGCUGGUGCGUGGGAUGUGGAGGCGGGGGCUGGACCCUGAUAACUUCUCCAUCCCGUACCUGACUGCGCUGGGAGACCUGCUGGGGACCAGCCUCUUGGCCCUCAGCUUCAGCCUGGUGCUGCUCACCCAGGGAGCAGAGCCCUGACAGAGGAAGGAGAGGCAGAGAUGGACAGGGUGAUAACAAGAGAGUUCGGGGGGAAACAGUGAGACAGAGAGAGAGAGAGAGAAAAAAGAGAGAGAGAGAAAAGAGAGAAAACAUGAGAGAGAGAGAGAGAAGACCGAGAGAGAAAAGAGAGAGAACAUUAGAGAGAGAUAAAAGAGAAACACAGAGAGAGAGAUCCCCUCUUAUCAGCAUCAGCGACUCCAGCAAUGCCACUGCUCGCCCGAGGGACUGGAGACGAGCUUCUAGUGCAACUGAUGACAACACGUAGGAGAAGCACCAGAUGCUACAUUAUUUGCCACAAUGCUUGCCAUAGGCAAAUAUACAGUAUACUUUAUGACAUGUUCAGGCCAUAGAAAAUAUUGGUGUAUCAAGUCCACUGCCUAAUGUAAGGUGUUAGCACAUAUAAGUAAGCUCUCCAGCUCUAGAUAUUGUACAGCGAUAAUAACUCCAUAGUCCAACCAGUCGACCUGGUGAAAAUCGUGACCGAGUUUGUUGCACAUGCUUAAAGUAUCGAUGCACAGUAUUGAAGCAAUAAUGGUGUAUAUUUUGGUCCAAAGUGUGUGAGUACAUAUGUACCUAGUGCUUUAAAAUGUAAUUCAUCCCCGUCAGAUGAGAAAAUAUACAUGAUCUGUAACCAGAGUAUAAUAUUUUUAUUUCAAGCAAGCGUUUUUCUAGCACUAACAUUAUAGAAAGCCAGAGUAUUUUUGAUAGUCUGCUGUCCAGUCAUGUAGGCCCUCAUUCCUUGUAUCUUGUAGCUUCUGAUAUCAGUAACUUGACUCUAAUAAGGUUAUGCACUAUACUCUCAAUGUAUUGUACCACGGCCUUUGUAAAUGUUUAGAUAUUGUGGGAGAGUUCAUUAUUUUCAAGAUAAAGCUUAUUAAACAUUCA